AUUAUGACAUUAACUGACAUUUGAAUUCGUGCAAAAUACGGAUACGGACGGCUGAAAAGUUGUGCUGUAAUUUUGUAACGCUUUCAAGUGAAUUAUCGGGAAUUUAUUGUGUUUUUCUGUAGUUAAUUAUUCGUAAGCAUGGUGCCGUCAACUGUGGUUUACGUUGCGGCGGUGCCAAUCUCAGUUAUUGUUGCGCUGGGUUUGCUUCGCAAGUGGAGGUCCAGGAAAUGGGCUAGCUGUGUGAGCAAUACAUGUUUGAGAGGGAAAACCUUCCUUAUAACAGGAGCCAACAGUGGCAUAGGGUAUGAAACUGCCAAGGCCUUGGUUAGGAGGAAGGGCAGAGUGAUAUUCGCGUGCAGGGACAUAGGUAAAGCCAAGGAGGCCAUCGCUCUUAUCCGCAAAGAACAACCACUUGGCGGGGAAAUGAUCCCCAUGCAACUAGAUCUAUCAUCAUUUGAGUCUAUAGAGAACUUUGUAGAAGUUGUAAAGGCAGGGUUCCACAAGAUUGAUGUACUUAUCAACAACGCUGGCGUUGUGGUACCAUUGAACCAGGACCUUAAAACUAAGGAAGGUUUUGAAAUCCACUUCGGCGUGAAUCAUUUGGGCCAUUUCUAUCUUACGAACUUACUAAUGGAUCUUCUAAAGAGGGCUACACCAAGCAGAAUAGUAGUCGUGUCUUCAACGCUGCACGAACGUGGAAAUAUCAACUUUGACGACCUCAACAUAAGGAAGGAAGUUGAACUGGCAAAGAAAACCGGAGGCGGUUCUCGUCACAAUCCUGGUUACAGCAACUCGAAGCUGAUGAAUGCUUACUUCGCGAGGGCGUUGGCGUGCAACUUGAGGAACACUGGCAUUGAUGUCAACCUGGUCUGCCCUGGAUUCUGUGCUACCAAUCUGUUUAGGUAUUCAAUAAAAUGGUACCACUACAUAUUUAUGGCGCCUAUAUUGAUUGCUUUCAUGAAGACUGCUAAACAAGGUUCAGAAACAGUAGUCUUCUGCGCCACAGACCACAGCAUCGAAGGUAAAACAGGUAAGUUCUACCGCGACUGUGCUAUAUACAACUCUAAAUACAACUUCGAUAAGGACGUGGAGACCAAGUUGUGGAAUGUCAGCGAAGAGCUGGUGAAGGCUAGGAAACCUCUAUGAACGUAAUCUGUGGAGGACAUAGUUGUUUAGUUGUCUAUACUCCGUUCAAAAUAACAUUACACAUGAGAAAAAUGUUUUUUACUGUCCAUUCAGCGGAUUUUGACUUUUAUUUCGUUGGUGGAAUGACGAAUGGCGACUGCAGUAAAUGGGUGUUUCUUCAAAAAACUUUAACUUUUAUUUAACAAAUCAUUAUCCUCCCGCGUUGUUAAGCAUCGCGGUAAC